AUGGAUUCAAAACAAUCUCAAAGUGCUGCCAGACAGGAGCAUAUGAUUUAUAUUUGUGGAGAUUGCCAGGCAGAAAAUUCAUUAAAAACAAAAGAUGCUAUUAAAUGUCGAGAAUGUGGCCAUCGUGUUCUAUACAAAAAGAGAGCCAGAAAAUUGAUGGUGUAUGAUGCACGUUAA